GACGCAUGCGCCUACCUACCUGCAGAGAGCGUCCCGUUGCUACGCAACGAGCUCGCGCGCCCCUGGGCUGAAGACUGCCUGGGUCAGAGAGAGAAGAGUGCGCGCUGAGAGCUAAGCUGACAACGCUGGGCCGAGGUAAUCUUCCAGACCCAGGGAUUGAAGCCACGUCUCCUGCACUGACAGGCAGAUUCUUUACCACUGAGCCACCUGGAAAGCCUGCAUAUCUGGAUAAUCCAGUAUAAUUUCCCCAAAACAAAAAAAUGCUUAAUUUAAUCACAUCUGCAAACUCCUCUUUGUCAUAUAAGAUCAGAAAGCUGAGGCUCAGAGAGACUUGGUAACUUGCUGAAGAUCACACAGCUAAUAAACAGGAGACCCAGGACUGGAACUUGGUCUGUUUGAUCUUGGAGUCUGUGCUCCUACUGCUGCAUACACCUCUGUUCAGUCCAAUUAGAUUGUGACCCUCUUUUGAUGUUUCCGAAGCCCGCCAGGAUGGAAACCAAUUACCUGAAGAGGUGCUUUGGAAAUCGCCUGGCCCAGGCUCUGGCAGAAGUGGCGAUGGUUCAGCCCAGUGACCCCAUAGAGUACCUGGCUCACUGGCUUUAUCAUUACAGGAAAACGGCGAAAGCAAAAGAAAAGGAUAGACAAGAGAAGAUCCAGCUGCAGAGAGAAUAUGAAAAUAGCCUCAAAGAAACCAGAAUGGCAGAAAUGCUGAAGCAAGAAGAACGUGCAAUUCAAGAGCAGUGUGAAAAGUAUCGCCACCAGCUAGGGAGGAGAAACUCAGCAGUGGGCACACACCCACAUCCCAUGCCACUGAUAUCUAUAGCAAGUUCCUUGGAGAAGACUAAAUUCAUGCAGGAGAACACAGAACCCCUUGAGAAGGAAGCCUUGAAGCAGGAAUCCCUGCCAGGAACUUCCGAUAUGAUUCCAGGAAUGCCUCAACAGAGCCCAUCUUCAGAGCCAUCUGUCUCCAGCCAGGUCGACUUGAACACUGGAACUCCACAAGAAAUAAAUUACCAGGCUGUUCAGCAUGAAAUUGCUCUUGAAAUUCAUCCUGGCUCCGAAUCUCCUCCCUAGGUUGUAGAAGGUGGAUGAUUCUAAUGAUGCUUUUCUCAAAGCUGCAAGCUGAGAAAGUGGCCAACUCAAAGAGCUCUUACUUGAAGAUGAUUAGCUAUGUGGAUUAAACCAAGAUAUGAGAGGUUGUGGAAGGAGGUGUCUACAGGGACUCUCCAACCCAAGUCUCAUCCUGAUAACCAUGAAAACCCCUUAAUUGUGUGAAGAUUUGAACUAUGUAUAGGGUAAAAUAAACUCAUAAUAAAGAUUUUAAAUAAGUAACUAAA